GUCCUCUGCGAGGUUCAAGAGAGUCUAGGUGGUAGACGCAUCGUGUCAGCGUAAUACGGCCGCUAAAGCCGUGCAGAACUGGCCCUGCGGGAUGGCAGCCUCUGAGGAGGAGCCUGAGGCCUUGACGGAGCUGCUGGACGUCGCGCGCCGGCUGGAAAAUUUGCCUGUGAGCGCAUGGCCCCCAGGGACAGAGCCAGAGCCCUUUCAGUAUACUCCUGAUCAUGUAGCCGGGCCUGGAGGAGACACUGACCCCACUCUAAUAACCUUUCCCGGAUGCGUUUGUCUCAAAACUCCCUGCCUCCCUGGAACUUGCUCCUGUCUCCGUCGUGAGAAGAACUAUGAUGAUAAUUUAUGCCUCAGACACAUAGGAUCAGAAGCAAAGUGCGCUGAGCCAGUUUUCGAAUGCAAUGUCCUGUGUCAGUGCAGCGACCACUGCAGGAACAGAGUGGUGCAGCGGGGUCUGCAGUUCCGCCUCCAGGUGUUCAAGACAGAUCGCAAAGGCUGGGGACUUCGUACCUUGGACUUUAUACCAAAAGGACGGUUUGUCUGUGAAUAUGCUGGCGAGGUUUUAGGAUUCUCGGAAGUACAGAGAAGAAUUCAGUUACAAACAAUACACGAUUCGAAUUACAUUAUAGCCGUCAGGGAGCAUGUUUAUAAUGGGCAGGUAAUGGAAACGUUUGUUGAUCCUACCUCUAUAGGAAAUAUUGGAAGAUUCCUUAACCAUUCUUGUGAGCCAAACCUAUUGAUGAUUCCUGUCCGAAUCAACUCGAUGGUACCAAAGUUGGCACUUUUUGCAGCCAAAGACAUUCUGCCAGAAGAAGAACUCUCUUAUGACUAUUCAGGAAGAUUUCUUAAUCUACUGGAUAGUGAAGACAAAGAAAGGUUAGAUAAUGGGAAAUUAAGGAAACCUUGUUAUUGUGGUGCUGAAUCAUGUGCUGCGUUCCUGCCUUAUGACAGCUCACUGUACUGCCCCUUAGAAAAGCCAAACACGAGUGAGGAAGGAAGAGUAUAGCAGAAGCGUGUCUGGCCUCGCAGUGGAGGAGAACGAGGAGGGAUCGAGCGUGCUUGGCUCAGCCCUUCCUGGGUUCCCCUCUUACAAGCAACUUACCCUCAGGGUCAGUCUCCGCUCCGUGGUAGGAAGCUUGCCCCUCACUGUAGGGGAGCCCAGUGGUUGUCACUUAGGAAUGUGGCAGAGACUACAGAUUGUCCAGCAACACUCUCUCUCCCCUUCCAUCAUAGAAUUCUCAGUUUUUAGCUGGGUACAUGACUGCCGAGAAUACUCGCUUUUCCUAGUGAGACGUGGCUGAGGGACUACGUCAUAGCUAGUGGGAUAUGAGGGAAAACACUGUGCCCUUCAGUGGAGAUAUCCUUCCCUUAUCCCACUCUUUUUUCUUCUUGGCUGGAAUGUACACAUGAUAACUGGAGCUGGAGCAUCCAUACCAUACCCCAAAAUAACCUUGGAAAAGGAAGCCACACAUAGCAAAUCAGCAAAAUUGAAAGGAGUCUGGGGGCUGUAUACUGUCCAGCACUCUACCAGUCCUGACCUGACACCUCUGGACUUUUCGGUGAGAAACUGUGUCUUCGUCAUUUAUGCCACUGUUAUUUUGAACUUUCUAGUACUAGCACCAACCCUAAUCAGUGAUCCAAAGAAACCCUGAUGGCUGAAUACCUAAGCAUUGCUUUCCAGUCAAUUUUAUCAGUCAUAAGGCUGGUAUUUUCAUUUCUGUCUGACUCCUGCAUUUUAUUUCUCAUUUGUUUCUAAACAUAUCAAGGAAAAGGGCAUGAUUAAUUAUCACCUGCUAAAAACCUUAAUGAUUAUCGCCAAUAGUGAAAAACAUAACUGUGAGAAUGACUUCCAUGUGUAUAACCAAAAGUCAUACAAGGAAACAAAUUGUAAAAUUUUUGCUAUAUACCUGCUGUACUUCAAGGCUUGUGAAGUUAUGCUUCAAAACUUCAAACAGCCUCACUUCAUGUAUUAACAACAUGAAAAUAACCCUGUCAACACCACCAAAGGCGACGGGAGUUUUAUAAUUCCAUUUAAACUUCUGGAGAGGCAAACAUCUCUAACUUCCUUCCUUAAAGCAAGAGUGUUGCAAAAACAAAGCUACUACGGAAGUUUAUUAGACUUUGUGAAAGCUAAAAUAAUUACUUGGGCCCUAUAAUUUCUUUUUCUAGUACGUUUAGACCCUACCACCAGGAGACGCUGUGCUUUCAAAGUUAUAUCAUAGGGACCCAUGUUAUAUAUAACACUCCUGUAUGAUAUCAUAAGUAGGACAGUUGUACAUUUUAAGUGAAUGAAAUGUAUGGUAUGAGAAUUAUAUCUCAAUAAAACUGUUAAAAUAAUAACUAUGUUAGGGUUUGUGUAUUCACAUAACAUUAUCAGGAAUGGUUCCAUGUGAAUAGAUGAUACUAGAGUACCCAUAAAAUGCCCCAAACUACAAAUGUGCAGUGUCUAAAACAGAAUGAGUUUUUCCUCCAAACUCAUCAUUUCUCCCUGCCAACCUUCCUCUAUAACUGAUUUCUCUGAAGCAGUCCUGCUUUUUGUAAGGCAGCUUGUAUCUCUCAUUUUACAAUGGCCUUUCUCCUCCUCACAAGGGCUUCUAGUAACUGAGCUACUUAAGAGGCAAUAAGGAAACGGUCAGAAGGAACGUGAGUGGCUCACUGUGUGAUGCUCCCGAUACCCUUUCCUUCUUCCUCCUGCUCCGUAGCUACUGAAUAUCACCGUCUGUGUAUCAGAAAUACUCCAGUGAGGACACGAGCGGCAUCCUCCAUCGUGAUGUCUCUUCCAAAGACAGAACUCACUGAAUACAGACCCUUGGAGUUUUUUGUACUCACACACAAGUUUAUUCUUAAAUAGCAAUGUCGCCUGGAAAUCAGAUUCCUAAAGUAAGCGUUGGAGACUCUUCCAAGUCUUUUCUAGGUACUGAGUUAACUGCAUUUACUUAAUUGCCAUGUUCCUAAGAAAGUUGACACUUCUACUUUUGAGAGCAAACAUUAAAAGAUAUACUUCUGCUUGACUGUUAUCCCAAUAUAAAAAACAUAUAAAUUUUUUAAAAUUAUAAAUUAGUAUAAAAUUAGAAUUUUAAAAGGUGUUAUGUGUCUUCAUGGAAUUAAAACAUAAAAAUGGCUCUGAAGUCAAUUUCCACUGAAUUCACUAAGAAUGUGGAAACGUGUACCUUGGAAACUGUUUUGGCCCAAGGAUAACAAAGAUCAUACUUGGAGGACAAAACUUUUCAAAUCUUCUUUUUUAAAUUAAUGUUUUUAAAUUUCAAAUUAAUAUUCACAAAAUAUCAGUGGCUGACAGAUUUUGUUCUUGGCUAAAUGGAAAAUUUUGCCUUAAUUGAAGUGAAUAUUCAGAGAUUAUUUUUCUCCCUCCCUGUUUUCAAUAUUAAGCCCCAAUACUGCCUAACUCUGAAGCAUAAGGCAGGAGUGGAUUAAGUACGUCAAUAGGAGACUAAUUUGCAUAGAACAGAGGAUUUUAUCUUAAACUCAGGAAGAUCUCAUUUAAAAAGGGGGAAAAAAAUCUCCCAAAGUUGUUUUCAUUCCCUUGAGUGUUCAAAUAAUGUUCUCUUUGUGUAACAUAUUCCUUAUUACAUAUUCCUCUCCAGUGUGUUAUUGUUCAGCAAGUUACUGAACCUCUCUGACUCUGAAUUCCCUUUUCUGGAUACAGCAUUUUCAGGAGAAUCAAAUAAGUUAACACUUGUAAAGCGUUUAAACAAUGAUGCAGCACUAAGAUAGCUAUAACCAAAAAGACAACUACAAGUGUUGACAGGGAUGUGGAGAAAUUAGAACCUUGUAUAUUGCUGGUAGAGUUGUAAAAUUACACAACUACUUUGUAAAGCCAUUUGGUUAGUUCCUUAAAAUGUUAUACAUAGAGUAACCACAUGUCCCAGUAACUCCAUUCCUAGGUAACAAACCCAAGAGAAACGAAAACAUGUCCCACCAAAAAUUGUAUGCAACCUUUAUAGUGGCAUUAUUGGUAAUAGCCCAAAAGUAGACACAACCUAAAUGUCCACUGACUGAUGAAUGAAUAAACAAAAUGUGGUAUCCAUAUCACAGCAUA